AUGGGCUACACAACUUAUGCUACUGCUUCGGCCAGCGCUCUAACAUUCACAACGGUCUCUCUGUAUCUUCUUUUCACGAACUCCGGCGAAACUUUCAAUGUUGGCACCUUCCUCGAACAAACUUCUCCCCAUGUUUGGGCUUUACUUGGCAUCGCCUUGAAUAUUGGUCUGAGCGUUAUCGGAGCUGGAUGGGGAAUCUUUACAACGGGUGUCUCAAUUCUGGGAGGGGGUGUUCGCACUCCCAGGAUUCGGACGAAAAAUUUGAUCAGUAUUAUUUUCUGCGAGGUCGUCGGCAUAUAUGGUGUGAUCGGUGCUAUUGUCUUUUCUUCGAAAAUCGGAGCGUUCGCCUCCGCUGAAUCACUUUAUACAAAAGAAAACUAUUUUACUGGUUUCUCGCUAUUCUGGGGAGGAUUGAUCAUGGGUUUCUGUAAUCUAUUAUGUGGAAUCGGAGUUGGGAUUUCGGGUUCAAAUGCUGCUCUGGCCGAUGCCUCAGAUCCCAGUCUAUUCGUCAAGAUAUUAGUCAUCGAAGUCUUCAGCAGUAUUCUUGGCUUGUUUGGGCUGAUCAUUGGCCUACUGGUUUCCGGAAAAGCCGGCGAACUUCAGUGA